AUGCUCAAUCUCUCCCAUACUUUUUACAUUGUCGAUGAAAUUUUCUACAAUAAUCACUCUCUUCGGGUCUCCAACCCUAGCUUCCAACUCUCCAAUUCCACGAACUGUUUCUCCCCCUCCACCAACCUCACCACCAGCAUAAGGUUUACUUUGGCUCCGAACCAGAAGGAGGUGCUGCUGUUCUUCGGUUGUGACUUACCGUCGCUGGCGGAGGAGAUGAAAGCAAACGUAUUGGGUUGCUUUGAAGGGAACAGAACGAGGUGGGUGUUGGGUAUGGCGGUGAAUGACGAGGAAAAGAAGUUGAAGUAUGCGAAGGAUAAUUGCAGAGAUGGGUCGACGAUGAGGACGGUGGUGGAGAAUGUGGAAGGAGGGAUAAGAGAGGCUUUGAGAAGAGGAUUCUUGUUAAAGCAAAGGAAUUGGACGGUGAGCGGGUGCGACGCAUGCCAGAGCAGUGGAGGGAGGUGCGGCUUCGACUUCGAUGCUAACGGCUUCAGGUGCUUUUGCCGCACUAGCGAUCAGCUUGCCGGAUGUUCUUCUGGAGGUUUGCUCUCUGUAACGAUACAAAGUGAUUAA